GCUAUUCGUGCAAAGUUCAGGUUUUUUUGGGCCGAAUUUUCAAAAAACAUCUUAAAAAGAAGCUCAGCCUAGGCCCAAAACCUCGAGAAAUAAGAGUUUACAAUGGAACUCGGAUCCUUUCCCGUAUCCGUUUCAAUCAGUUGCACACACCGUAACACCCGCCUUCCUUACUAGUUCCUACUCUCUCAUCAUUUAUAAAUUUGGAAACUCUAAAAAUGUCAAAAACCCUAAUUCCCCACGGCAGAUUCCUCCUCCGUCGUCUCAACCUCCGCCCCUAUUCGUCAAAACCGCACCACACCGAAACCGACCUCGAUUCGCCGUCCUCAUCAGCGACCUCUAAAGCCGAAGCCGAGCGGAAGAGCCUGAACGAGUAUUUUCAGAAGAUCGCCGUUAAGAACUCGACUCCUGAUUGGCUCCCUUUCGCCCCCGGGGGCUCUUUCUGGGUCCCGCCGCCGCAUCAGAAGACGGACGGGAAGGUCGCUUAUAUGAUGAACAUGGUGACGAAUCCGUUGAAGAAGGAGGAAGCUUUCUCUCUGUCGUCUUCUUCUGGCUGGCCUUGUUCCUCUUUCUUCAUUCCUCCAAAUGAUGAGAAGGUAGAAAGUAGAAUGGAGUUGAACAUUCCGGGGGAGCUUGGGCAUUUCCUAAAUCCAGUUUAUUCAUUUAAACAUGUCGACGAUGAAGACUGAUUUCACAAGUUCUAGCUCGGUGAUGAAGUCCAUUUCCUGAUGCGUGGAAAGACAGAUGAUUCCCGAGACUGAUGAGGUUAAGUAUUUGUAUAUACAGCUGCAAACCAUGGAGUUCUAUGGUGUUUGGACUGUCUUUAACGUCUUUGUGAACUUUAUUUAUAAAGCAAUCAUCAAUCAUAAUUAACGGCUGAUUAAAGCUGGUCGGAUUGGUACUUACCUGCACUACAUGGUUUCAUCGUGAAUGAUAAUUUAGAUCAACCUUAGAUGAGUUUGCAUAUGUUACAAGAUUGAUUCUUAAGAAUCUGUCACUACACUAAAGAGUACCAAACACUACAAUGCAUGCGUUUCAUCUUAACC